UCAAUAUUGUCAGUGGCGGUUUUCUAUUGGUUUCAAAUACGGUGUUAUGAUAUGUUUGUGCAAUUUGAAGUCAUUUUAUGAUCUAUUUGGUGAUAUGUUGAGUUGAGCAUCCGUUCCUCCGUAACCCAAAUUGAUAUUAUUGGCAUUAUUGUGCGAAAAGGCGCUUAAUAGUACUGUUUUAAUAAUUGCGGAAAGACGCUUAUUUUGACUUGUGCAUAGUGUAUUGGAUUUCGACGCGAUGUCGAAUUUAAAGUGCAUUAAUUGCGAGUUGAGUUUGUCGCGCAUGAGACGGCAUGCUCUAGGUAAUGAGAGUGAAGACGUGGUCAACACUAUUCGAUUGUGGGCUUAUCCUAGAGAGAUCACUCUUACCGACCAUAUUUGCCAUGCUUGCUGGCAAUUAGUUACGUAUCGGAAUGUUCCGGAAAGUAUGCCCAGCAAACAAAUCGGUCAUCGGCAUGUCUGUGUCGUAUGUGGGCGUUCCAUUGCAAGGAGAAAUCGUCGCAGGGUUUUAAUUGCAGGGACCAACGAACAGGAGCAAAGACUUGCUCAUAUAGUCUCUGAUUGGAUUCAGCCACGAGUGCUAACUUCCUAUGAUGAAACUUGUAUUCCAUGCUGGCUCAAAGCUCGUAGAAGAGCCGGAACUAUAAGACCACAACCUGAUGUGCGUCUUCCUGACAUACCACCUCAUGGCGUUCUCUAUCAGGACGUAAUGUGUGCUGUAUGUGGACAAAGCCUUACUUCAGUAUUGCCAUCUGUUAAACAGUUGAGGCCAGAAAAUAUUGCUCGGCUGUCAGAGCUUCGGCAGAUAUCAGCAAUUCAUGAAGUGUGUGCAAUAUGUUGGGAACAGGCUCAAGAUGUAGUGCCACAGACUCCAAGAUCUCAAGAGCCUGAAACUGAAAGCCCUCAACAAACUGCUAUUGAACUUCGAGAUACAGAAAUUCCUCAAGUAACUGAAAGGCAACAACAUGUUGAACGGCCUCAGUAUAUCACAUUGCCAAAUAUGAGACGAGCAGCUGAUACACCUAGGCACUGUAUUUUUCAGGAAUGUACAAGCAAUGAGCGCCACACAAUUCCUCAAGAAGUAAGGUAUAGGGUUUUACAACAAUUUCAAUAUUAUAUUCCAAAAGGUACUCGUAUUUGUACUGAACAUUUGCAAGAGGCAGAUUUUCAUAAUCUUUAUUCUGCAGAAUACAGUAUGAAUGCUUUUACUGCAACACACAUUGAAGAUAUAAUUUUUAUUCUGAUGGAGAUUAAAAAAUAGUAAUUAUGAAAAUAUUCAGGAUUAUCUUGACAACCAAGUGAAAUAUUUCAUUGGUAUUACAAAGGACCAACAUCAACAUGUAUAUGCAACACCCCGGUUAAGAAAUAUGCAUCGGGGUACCUUUGCAGUAACUGUACUUUUGUGCAAACUGAAAACAGGAGACUGGGGAGAGAUUAUCUUGUUUAUUUCAAGUUCCAAGAAGAACAUUGGAAAUAUUAAUGUCCACAGCAAGAUACAUUUUAAAUUUUGACUAUGUGGUUCAAUUUCUAGGGCUUAAUCAUUUGACAAGGGAGCAAAUGAUUACAAAAUAGUUAUAUAGAGCUGACCAUAUUUUGGUGUACAGUCACGAGUUACACACAUGCACACGCAUAUAUAUCCGUGUGAGUGAUGUGCACACGGCAAGUGUAAUGGCAAUAUGUAUUUAUGUGCAUAAAAAAAACAUUCGUCCAUCACGCACACAUUGGUAUUCAACAUUACCUAUCUUAGUGACACUUAUUUACUGAAUUAAUAUGUAUACCAUAUUAUAUUAAUUCAGUAAAUAAGUGUAACUAAAAAUGAGGGUAAAGAUAAAAAUAAUAUGUAAUAAACAUUGAAUAAAUCGAAUGAUGAACGAUCGAGUUACAUACUACAUAAUCAUACCCAAUAAAUACAAUAUAGUUUUGAAUAACAUCAAAUAUUUCGCAAUGUAUCGGUGAUGCAAGCUUGGCGCAGUGGUAAUCGCAUGAGAUUAACGGUGACGGGUCGCAAGUUCGAUUCCAGUAUAGACAUAUGUAGUUGAUUUUUGAGUUUAUUAAAUAUUUUUUAAACAUUA